UUUAUUGCUCAAGUAGGACCGUUGGAGGAGUCUGCUGUGUGGGUCGAUGAAACGCAAACUGUACCUGGUCGAGAGGUAGAAGAACUACCAAUUUUAGAAUGGUUUUCUCACCUGCAGGCUGUCCGAACUGUAGCUCAAACCACAGAGGAACGAGAUGCUCUUGGGCUGAAACCAAAGGCGAAAAAAUUGGAUCAGGGUUUCUUAUCCAAAAUGUUUCCUGAUGGAUCUGGGAAUAUCCGCAUGGAGAGCUUCAAUCCGCAGUGGUACCUAUUGGAACAUCAUUCAGAGACACCGAUUGAAGAACUUCGUGAAGCUAUUGAGAAUAUGAAGAUGGCCAAAGCUGAUGAGACCAAGAAAAGUGAGCAAAUGCACAAGGCUAACUUGUACUCUCUUAUCAACUGUGUUGACUCUUUGGCAGCAUUGCAUGAUGAGUUAGAGAGAAGUAACAAAGCCGGGGAAUUUGCUGUGAUAAAACAAAUAGGAAAUCAGGUAUCAUUUAUCAAACUUCUCUUCUCUGGCUUCCUUCCAUACAAGAAAUACUCAAUUUUUCCUCUACUUAUUUCUGAGGCAAGAGUGAAGGCAGAAAGCGUUUUCAAAGAUGUUCUUUCUCGAAAAGAUCGAGCAGAUGCUACAAGAAAUGCGCUAUCUGUACUAACCCGUUUCAAAUUCAUAUUUUUCCUUUCUAAAACGAUUGAUGACAAUAUGAAGAAGGGCGAGUACCUAACGAUUCUCAACGAUUACAUGAGGGCGAAAUCCUUAUACAAAGAUACGGAAGUCGCCUUGUUCAAAGAAGGUAUGUCAGGCUUUAUGCUUUAUUGA